AUGAGGAUCGUCAUCGCUCAUUUUGUCGCUGCAUUACUGUCCUACGUCUCAGCAUCACCAUGUUAUCAUCAAUUGAAAGAGAGUCUCGGCGAUAAAAUCAGCUUUCCUGAUACCAAAAGCUACAACGCCACGUUAGCCAGCUACUGGUCGAAACAAGAAUCUGCACUUCACCCCAAUUGCAUCCUGCAGCCUGACAGCGCACACGAUGUUGCCACUACCCUGAAGAUAAUCAGCGCACACAAAGACUGCGAAUUCUCAAUCAAGGGUCAUGGCCAUGCUCCUGCAGCAGGCUUCGCCAACUCCAACGGCGGCGUGACCAUUGACAUGACAACUCUCUCGUCAGUAUCUCUCGACAAGAAGUCAACCAUUGCAAGCAUCGGCGCAGGCGCAAAGUGGCUAGAUGUCUAUCAGCGUCUCGAUGGCUCAGGUGUUCAAGUUGCUGGCGGUCGAAACGGAAAUGUCGGUGUUGGAGGGUUGCUCCUUGGUGGAGGAAUUUCGCAUUUUACCACCAAGGUCGGAUGGGCUUGUGACAGAGUGAUUAACUAUGAGGUUGUUCUCGCCAAUGGUACUAUUGCCAACGCAAAUAAGAAAGAAAACUCAGACUUACUCCUUGCUUUGAAAGGAGGGGGAAACAACUUUGGUGUUGUUACGCGUUUUGACAUUCAGACGUUUCCGCAGGGCGACAUUUCCACGACAAGCAUCUCCUACGAUAUUGGUGAAAGGGAUAAGGUCUUCGAAGCUUUUACUAACUUACUCGACUCAUCUACAUACGAUCCUGCAGCGUCUCUAGUUACUAGUCUUCUUUACAGCUCCGCUUCCAAAGCUUGGUCACUGUCAGCUUCGGCUGUAUACACGAAGCCCGUUUCCCAACCAAAGAUCUUCAAGGGUCUUUCGGAUGUGCCUCAUACGAAGCUGGUCAAUAACAUCACGACUUUGGCAGAAUUUGCGGAUGAGAAAGAUACACCGCCAUUGAACUGGCUGUUCGCAACGUUGACUCUCAAGCCUUCCGCCCAGAACAUGCAACAUAUGUUUGAGAUUCUCAAUAAGACGAUCAAUUCCUUCAACCCCAAAGAUGGCGUGACAUGGAGCAUCGCCUUUGAGCCAUUGGUAGCAGCGAUGCUGAAGGGUUCCAAGCACACCAAUGUCCUUGGCCUUCAAACAGCGCAUGAUGGCUACAUUGUUCUUAUCUCAGCUCUGUGGCCGAACUCAGCUGUCAACUCCAACGUUGAAAAGACAGCCAAGAAGGUGCUAUCAGUAUGGGAAGAGGAUGCUCGUUCAAAGGGUCUUUUGCAGGAGUUUCAAUACCUCAACUAUGCUGCGCCAUAUCAAAGGCCUUUCGAGUCAUACGGAGAUGAUGAGCGGGUGUUUCUCAAGUUCGUCAGCAAGAAGUAUGAUCCUGCUCAAAUCUUGCAAAGGAGAGUGGGUGGCUUCAAGCUGUGA